GGAGUCCAGAACGGUUCACAGUCAGUUUACUCUCACUGAUGCUGGGUCUGAGAUGGCGUACAGAGCCGAUCAAGUGAUUAUGAAUCCCGGCGCUUACCCGUACCAAGGACCAAAGCAGGACGGCCAGUCGGUCCAGACCACCGUCGUUACCAUGGCCCCGAAUGUGCUGUCAGUCCGGGACCACCUACCCUGGUCCAUUUUCAACUUCUUCUACCUGAAUUUCUGCUGCCUCGGUUUCGUGGCGCUGGUCUUCUCGGUCAAAUCUAGAGAUCGGAAAGUUGUGGGAGAUGUGGAAGGAGCUCGGCAAUAUGCGUCUACAGCCCGAGCACUCAACAUUGCUAUUGCAGUGCUGGCCAGCCUUGCCUUCGCAAUUUGCAUUGUGUCGACACUUGUUAUCGUGAUAAAUGCGAAGUGAAUCCAACAACAACAACAAUUCGUUAUUACUCCGGAGGUUGGAAUUAAGCCAAUGAGUAGAAACAUCUCAUUUCAAUGCUGGGAGCCUUUUUGCGUCUGAACUCUUUUCAACGUCUUGAUCCACUCUAUUAUUGCUUCUUUCUAUCUAUAAUGCCUAUCUAGUGUUGGCAUGCUUAAAGUGAUCACCUAGCAGCAAUACAGAUUUCUUAAACUUAGCCAGAGUGUGGCCUUGAUUGUAUCAAUAAAGAAAUUGAUGACAAA